AACACACUUGCAACAACAACAACCACAGCAGCAGCAUCAGCAACAACAACCGACUCCAGAAAUUCAUCAAAUUAUACCUCAAGACAGCACUCGGUCACACAUGCGCCCACACGACCAACAGGAACCUAUGAUUUCGCUAUCAAAUCUACCAACAAUAACAAGCAGCAAUAGCGAUACGUCCAAUUCUGAGUAUAUGAUGAAAGCCGUUGGUGUCGAUGAAGAGAUUAGUGAUCCAUAUCAAUAUUUGAACGAUUUGAAGAUUGAACCACGUUUGACUGCUGGAAAUGGAAUGGCUUGGAAUCCAUAUAUGACACCGAAUAAUCAUUUUUCGCAAAUGCCAACAAUGCUAACUAGUUUACCUUACAAUCCUUAUGGCCCGUUUGGCAAUACACUACCCCCAUUGAUGACUCCACGGCUUUUGCCCUUCUAUGGUUAUCCUCAACCAAUUUUAAUACCAUUACCAAUGUUUUUCGGCCCUACAGAUUUACUCUACCCUGGCUAUACCGGAACUGGCAAUGAAAACGACGAGUCCAUACCCCGCACCGCAGGCGACCAAAGAGCGCAAUCUUCUCACUUCGACUCCACGCCGAUGUCUGGCUUAGCCGGAUCAAAUCCGCGAAACUCUCAGAUCUAUUUUAUGCGUUUUUCACCAAUGCCGUAUAUGUUCAUACCCGGUUUGGGCUUUACUCCCUCUCAGUCACCUGUGCCAGCUAUACAACCAUACACGGCAUUGCCUGCGUUGCCCGCGAUCAGCCCGAUUUGGAAUAUACCGCUUAACUUCGUAGCGAAUGGCAAACCUACAAGCAUAUACCAGAUCGGUGGCACCCCAAAUGAUAUUCCCGACUCUAUGCAGUUCAACAAUAUGAAUCUGUUUGGUAUACGUCCUGCCGCACAAUUACCAUCUCCAUUUGCUCUUGCUGGAGUCAACAGACCGGCAGCCUCGAAUGUUGCCAACAGCUAUACGUCACAUGGGCCACAAUCUUCAUCAAAUUCACUUCAACAGGACUCCAAAAUGACUUUGCUGAAACGUCCAUUCUUCUUUAAUGGACGCCCAGAUGAGAUCUAUACGUUGCCGAAUAAUUUUAACCCGCUUUACUCGAAUGCAGCAUAUUACUAGUACAAAGAUUUUACAUAUUUCAUAAAACUAAUAACUCAGAACUGAACUGAUUUUAUUUAAAGGUAUUAUAUUUAAUUUUUGAGAAACCGAAAGACUAUGGGUAAUUCAAUAAACUAUUGAAUAAAUGUGUCUUGCGCGUGUUCCCUUUAUUUGUCUAUUCUUGAUUCUUAUAUGAAUAUUCUGGAAACUAAGUAGGAAAUAUUUUAUGUAUUUACCUAAAAUAUACAAAGAUAAGUAUGUAUGUAUGCAGUUUGGAUCAACAUCUCUGACGUCUACAUCUUUUGAUUUGAACGAGCUUUAUCUCAUUAAGUACAGCUCGAUCUGAUGAAGAAUUCAAAAUUUUUACAAAAGCCCUUUUCUUCCAGAAAUGGGCCUGUAAGUUUAACACCGUGUGUCAAUAGCAGGCCACUAUUAAGAAAAUCUAGGGGAAAAUUCAUUUUGGCGGAAUUCGGAAUGU